AUGCCGCGCAAAGCGAUUGACUCGCGCAUCCCCGCUCUCAUUCGAAAUGGAGUGCAGGAAAAGAAGCGCAGCUUCUUCGUUGUCGUCGGUGACCGCGCGAAAGAUGUCAUUGUCAACCUUCACUAUAUCAUGUCCAGCGUCGACGUGAAACAGAACAAGUCAGUGUUGUGGGCAUACAAGAAGGAUCUUCUGGGCUUCACAAGUCACCGCAAGAAGCGCGAAGCUAAGAUAAAGAAGGAAGUCAAGCGUGGUAUUCGUGAACCCAACCAAGAGGACCCCUUCGAGCUAUUCAUCACCCUCAAUCAGAUCCGCUACGUGUACUACAAGGAGACCGAGAAGAUUUUGGGUAACACUUACGGCAUGUGUAUCUUGCAGGACUUCGAGGCCAUGACUCCCAACCUGUUGGCACGCACCGUCGAGACGGUCGAGGGAGGUGGUAUGGUGAUUUUGCUGCUGAAGAGCAUGAAUAGUUUGAAGCAGCUGUACACCAUGUCUAUGGAUAUUCACUCACGAUACCGGACGGAAGCCCACGAUGAUGUGGUUGCCCGCUUCAAUGAGCGCUUCAUUCUGUCUCUGGGAAGCUGUGAGUCUUGCUUGGUUGUCGAUGACGAAUUGAACGUGCUGCCUAUCUCCGGCGGCAAGAAUGUCAAGCCGCUUCCUCCCCCCGAAUCCACCGACGACGCGAUGUCCGGCCCGAAGAAGGAGUUGAAGGAAAUCAAGGAUAGCUUGGCAGAGGCGAAGCCUAUCGGACCGCUGGUGAACUUGGCCCGCACUGUGGAUCAGGCCAAGGCUCUAUUGACCUUUGCUGAUGCCAUUGCGGAGAAGACUCUGAAGAGCACGGUUACCCUGACCGCAGGCCGUGGACGAGGAAAGUCAGCCGCCCUCGGUGUUGCCAUUGCCGCCGCUAUUGCCCACGGUUACAGCAACAUUUUCAUCACCUCCCCCAGUCCCGAGAAUUUGAAGACUCUGUUCGAAUUUGUGUUCAAGGGUUUCGAUGCCCUCGGCUACCUUGAUCACGUCGACUACACUAUCCUGCAGUCUACCAACCCUGAUUUCAACAAGGCCAUUGUCCGAGUCAACAUUCACCGCCAGCACCGUCAAACCAUUCAGUACAUCCAGCCCCAGGAUGCGCACGUUCUGGGUCAAGCAGAGCUUCUGGUCAUCGAUGAGGCUGCCGCCAUUCCUCUCCCCCUGGUGCGGAAGCUGAUGGGCCCCUACCUGGUUUUCAUGGCGUCUACCAUCAAUGGUUACGAAGGAACCGGUCGCUCUUUGUCUCUGAAGCUCAUUCAGCAGCUCCGUGAGCAGUCUCGAGGUGGCGCAAAGACCGACGACACCGAUGUCGCAGACCGCAGCACCGGCAAGAUCGCUAAGAGCGCAGACAAGAAUCUCGGUGGUCGAACUCUUCGGGAGAUUACCCUCGCAGAACCCAUUCGUUAUGCUCCUGGUGAUCACGUCGAGAAGUGGCUAAACAAGGUCCUGUGUCUCGAUGCUACGCUGCCCAAGUCUCGCAUGAAUACCCAAGGUUGCCCCCACCCGUCCAAGUGCCAGCUGCUUCAGGUCAAUCGUGAUACUCUAUUCUCUUUCCACCCCGUUUCCGAGAAGUUCUUGCAACAGAUGAUGGCGCUUUACGUUGCCAGCCACUACAAAAAUACUCCUAAUGACCUUCAGCUCAUGAGUGAUGCUCCUGCUCACCAGCUCUACGUGCUUGUUCCUCCCAUCGACGAAGAGGCUACCAAGCUGCCGGAACCCCUCUGUGUGAUUCAGGUUGCCCUCGAGGGUCGAAUCAGCAAGCAGAGUGUCCUCAACAGCUUGAGCCGUGGUCAGCGAGCCGGUGGUGACCUGAUCCCGUGGCUCGUGAGCCAGCAGUUCCAAGACGAGGACUUUGCCGGUCUCUCCGGUGCUCGUGUCGUCCGUAUCGCAACAAACCCCGAGUACGUCGGUAUGGGAUAUGGUUCGCGUGCUUUGGAGCUCUUGGUCGACUUCUUCGAGGGCAAGUUCACUUCCCUGGACGAGGAUAUGUCGGCUCCCCAGGAGGAGAUGGUCCGUGUGACAGACGAGGAGCUCACCAACUCGAACCUUUUGGACGACGAUGUUCACGUUCGUGACAUUCGCACCAUGCCUCCGCUAUUCGGCAAGUUGACUGAGCGUCGUCCCGAUACCCUCGACUACGUUGGUGUCAGCUACGGUCUGACCCCGACCCUUCACAAGUUCUGGAAGCGCUCUUCCUUCGUCCCCGUCUACCUUCGUCAGACUCCGAACGAACUGACCGGCGAGCACUCCUGCGUCAUGCUUCGCACCUUGUCUGCUGGUUCCAAUGAUGCUGAAUGGCUGGGCGCCUUCGCACGGGACUUCCACCGCCGCUUCCUCUCUCUGCUGUCUUACCAGUUCCGUGAAUUCCCUUCGGUGCUGUCCCUCAGCAUUUGCGAAUCUGCCAACGCUGGAGCCAAGCUGGAUGCGUCUGUUCCCCGUCUUCUACAGAAGGCGGACCUCGAUGCUACAUUCUCGCCCUUCGACUUGAAGCGCCUGGACAGCUACGCCAACAACCUUCUGGAUUACCACGUUAUCCUGGAUAUGGUUCCCACCAUCUCCGAGUACUACCUUGCCGGUCGUCUCGGCAAGGUCAGCCUUUCUGGUGUUCAGCAGACGAUCCUCCUCGGCAUUGGCUCGCAGCGCAAGAGCCUGGACGACCUGGAGAAGGAGCUCAAUUUACCCUCUUCCCAGCUCCUCGCCAUGUUCUUGAAGAUCAUUCGCAAGGUCUCCACCCACUUCCGCAGCCUUAUCGAGGGCGCCGUAGCGGUCUCCUUGCCCGCCGAGCAGAUUCCCUCCGGUCCUUCCGACGGUGCUCAUGACGACGUCGUCGAGGAACGCUUCAAGCCCCUUGAGACUGGCCUGGAGGAUGAACUUCGCAAGGGCGGCCAGGAGGUCGACGAGGAGAUGCGCGAGAAGCAGCGUGCCCUCAUCGACGCUCUUCCCCUAGACAAAUACGCAAUUGACAAUGGUUCCGCAUCUUGGGAAGAGGCCGAGAAGCAGAUCCGUGGUGGCAAGAGCAACACCGUCAGCGUGAAGACGAAGGCACCCAAGCGCAAGAAGGGAGAGACUGCUCGUGAGAUCUUCGACAAGGAAGUUGACUCCAAGAGGCAAAAGAUGAUCAAGAAGGGCACCGAGGGCCGCAAAAAAUAG